CCCGCUGGCCUCAGCCUCUCUCCUUAGCGCGUCAAGACCUGUUCGGGGUGUGGUCCGCCCGUUCGUUGCUCGCGCACCCGCCUCCUCCCUGUCGCUUGUCGUCGCAUCAACACCAUCUCCCCCUUCCCCAUCAACAUCAUCAUUGCCACCAUCCUCAUCCCCACACACACCUUUCCCCCUCCCCCUCCUUUUUUCCUUCUUCCUUCCACUGCUCCUCUCCUCUCCUUCCUUCGUACCCUUUCCUCACCGCCGAUAUGGGUCUCCCCAUGUGGCGCGCGCCGUCCCCCAAGGCCAGGGACGCGCUUAAAAAGGACCCGAUAGCCAAUGCGCGGAGCCCUAUCAGACGACGUCGUCCUGCUACCUUUCCGGCAUCCCCGAGUCACGCCUACGAAACUGUGACCGAGCAGCUUCACCAUGCAUCGCACCAGGACGACUAUGGCCAUCCGCUUUCCACCGCUCCUUCUUCCUCCACUACAUGGUCGCCCUCACGCCCCCCACUGCCACCCCCCGCCCCCGAAUCACCCAACUACUGGCGACGCGGUGAGCACUCUUCUGCCUUAGCCGCACCCCCACCGCCGCCCGACAGAGACAUGCGCGCACCUUUUCGCCUGUCCACAGAUGCUCCUCGUGGCUUGUCCUUGGAUAAUCGUCGUCCCCUCCCUUCCUUGACUCCAAACUUCGCGCCUGCCUCGGCCUCGCGCAACGUCCGCCGCAGCUCACGACACGACUCCCCCAACGACCCUCAAGACCGUUCUGCUUACCGGAGUCGGUCGCCCUGGGACAGUCUCCGCGCUGAAAUUUCCGAUCGCCGCCCCCACAUCAUCAUGAGGUCUGGUCGUCGUAAUAUCCCCGAUGGACCUUUGCCCUUGAGCUCGUUGCGCGAGUCCUGGAGCCCUUCCUCGACUAUAGAUGGUCUUGGGGAUCGCGAACGCAGUCUCACCCCUACCGAGGAAAGCUCGCAUUGGGAGCCUUUUCUCGCUAGCGUUGUGCCUGACCCGUUUCCACCUACUGCAGAUUCGUCCUUCACUUCGGCUGCCGCAUCAGCCUCAUUCUCGAACACGCAGCCUAGCUCUCGCGCCAGUAGCUCCAACUCCAAUUCGGUAUCGUCUUCGCGUACCCACAUUACUGUUCCUUCGCGUAGCCAAUCUUUCAGCCUCGAGCAAUUUCUCCACAUCUGCGACACCUCAUCGGAUGAUGGGGCCUCAGAUACCGAAGAAGAAGAUGGCGGGGAAGACGCCGAUGCUCCGAGUUCUUUUCGCUCAUUUUACCCGAGGAGUGGUGUCAGUCGUGUCCUGCAAAAUCCAUAUCGACAACCGUGGCGCAUCCGCAACCAGGUACGCGAGUCGGUUUCAAACGUGAGAAGCUUCUAUGGCGAGAUUGUUCCUCAGGAGCCGGAGACGCGACUCCACGAGCCGGAGGAGAAUCACCCAAAUAUAUCUAGCGAGGAUCCCAUAGAAGAACGCGCUGCAAUAGACGAAGAUCUGUCGCUAGAUCAAGAGUUGCGUGAUGCGCGUGCGUUGCUAGAACGCUUGACACAAAGGGACGAUAUCUCGGAUGAGUUUUGGGCAUCUGUGGGAUUGCGACGACCCCUUGCUGAUCGCCUGGAACGUAUUCAGCAGCGCGAGCGCUUGUGAUGAACGGUUUGUCUUCUUCAGUGUGAGGCCUGCGGGCCGGUCUGACACUGCAAUUCUGCGACUUAUUCUCUUUACGGACUCUAUUUGACAACGAGUUUACCACUACCUCGCGAGUGGAUGGCGACCACUGGACAUAGGUCAUCUCUAUCGCGGAUGUCUGGAUUUCUUUUAAUGAUUGUUUGUGUAAGGAAACCCACGAUCAAAAUUUCGUUCAGUCUUGCAUACUUGCCAAUUCUUGGCGUUACUCCAUCGAUGGAAGGAGUGCUUUUAUUUUCUUAUACUCUAUGUAAUUGUGUCCUUUUUUUUUCUACCGGAGGGUGGUCCCAGGAAGGGAGGGGGAAAGGCUGUAUGCGGUGGAAAAAAGGGCGAAAAAGCGUUUGGCCUAUGAACGAGCUGUUGUAUUCGUGGUUACGGAGUAUUUAUGUCCUUGAUUCACGAUUUGAUAAACGGAUACAAAUGAUGACAUGGCUAUUGUUCCCAUGUCCGAUUUCUACAACAGUUCUUUGCCCGGGAUGCUUGCGACUGACCUCCUGCCUACUUAUCUUUAGCCUUCGUGAAGUUUGGUAUAAACAGCUGACUGAGGGUAUGAAAAUCGGCCUC